GCAGUUUCCAGUGGAGUAUCGGAAGGACCAAGCAGCUGCAGCGGGCAAGCGGACGCGUGGGGGUGAGGCGGCCGGAGGGAGGAAGAAGAUGAGGGCGGUGGUGAUCACGCGCGGCGGCGGGCCGGAGGUGCUAGAGGCCCAGGAGGUGGAGGACCCCGCGCCGCUGGGAGAAGGCGAGGUCCUCCUCCAGGUCGCCGCCGCGGGCGUCAACCGCGCCGACACGCUCCAGCGCCACGGCCGCCACCCGCCGCCCGCUGGCGCGUCCCCGUAUCCGGGGCUCGAGUGCUCCGGCACCAUCCUCGCGCUCGGGCCCAACGUGCCCUCGCGAUGGUCCGUCGGCGACAAGGUGUGCGCGUUGCUAAGCGGCGGCGGGUACGCGGAGAAAGUGGUGGUGCCGGCGGGGCAGCUGCUGCCCGUACCGGAGGGGGUGUCGCUAACGGACGCAGCCGGCUUGCCGGAGGUGGCCUGCACCGUCUGGUCGACCGUCUUCAUGACCAGCCAUCUCUCACCCGGUGAAUCGUUCCUGAUCCAUGGAGGAUCAAGUGGAAUUGGUACUUUUGCUAUACAGAUUGCAAAGCACCUCGGAAUUAAGGUUUUUGUGACUGCAGGAAGCGAAGAAAAACUAGCAGCUUGCAAAGGUUUGGGUGCUGAUGUAUGCAUAAACUACAAAACUGAAGACUUUGUUGAACGUGUUAAACAGGAAACCAACGGAAAGGGUGUUGAUGUCAUUCUGGACAAUAUUGGAGGAUUGUAUCUCCAGCGCAACCUGAAUAGCUUAGGUGUUGAUGGUAGACUUUUCAUCAUUGGCUUCCAAGGAGGCGCUGCAGCUGAAGUGAACCUGCAACCUGUUCUUGCACGGCGCUUGACCAUUCAAGCUGCCGGACUGCGUGGUAGAAGCCCUGCCAAUAAAGCUCAGAUCGUCAGCGAGGUGGAAAAGAAUGUGUGGCCUGCGGUCGCCGCUCCCGCUGGCAAGGUAAAGCCUGUGAUUUACAAGACGUUCCCGUUAUCUGAAGCAGCUGAGGCGCACAGGUUGAUGGAAACUAGCACCCACAUUGGCAAGAUACUGCUGCUCCCUUGACUGCGUGUGUAGUGUUUGAACGACCUCUUUGUAUGUACUAGCGUGGCAUGCCGUUUUGUCUUGUAAAUUCGAACCUUGAAGUGCUUAACUGCUUACGACACUUUUCUGUGAACUGUAAUGCAAUAAAAUCUGGCGCAUGGUCGUUUUUUCCCCUU